AUGGCCGUCCAUGGAGGCAUCGACGUGUCGCUCAAGUGGACCCUCGGGCUCCUAAAUUCGGCUAACAGGUAUCUCACGGCCGAGACCUUCCAGUGCAAGGUCACCGCCAACGGCACCACCAUGAAACAGAAGCAGAUCUGGACGCUGCUGCGCCACGGCAGCGGCAUUGCGCUCCAGAGCCACGCCGGGAAGUUCCUCUCCAUCGACAAGGACGGGAACGUGAACGCGGCCGGGGAGGAAAUCGGGCCGGACCAGACCUUCACGCUGGAAACGCAGGACGAUGGCAGGGUGGCCAUCAAGUCCUCGUACAACCGCUACCUGGGCGGGAGCGGGGACAGCAUCAGCGGGUUUUUCCAGACGAUAGACGCCACCAACCUCUUCACAAUCCACCUCGCCAUGCACCCGCAGAUCAAUCUCUUCAACGUCUGCAGGCGCACCUUUUGCCGUCUCAAGGAUGAGUCAGAGCUCGUCUGUGACGAGGAGAUCCCAUGGGGCUCCGACGCGCUCAUCAUCCUCGAGUUCCACGGCGGCAAGUACGCUCUGCGCGCAUCCAACGGGAUGGUCCUCCACCGCAACGGCGACCUCGUGGCGAAGGUGAACGACCACACGCUCUUCACCAUCGUCUUCCGCGACACGCAUGUCGCCUUCAAAGACCGCGAAGGCAAGUACCUGACGGCCGUGGGAGCCAUGGCUAAGGUCCAGUCCCGCAAGGGGACCAUCGGCAAAGACGAGCUGUUCGUGCUAAUGGACAGCCACCCGCAACUGAGCCUCACAGCCGUCGCUAACGGUAAGCUGGUGUCCAUUCGCGACGGGCUCGAGGUGCGCGCCAACCAGGCCCAGGAGACCCUGUCUGACUCCGAGAUCUUCCAAAUGGAAGCAGUCGACCGCACAGACAAGUCUGGCAACUGCAAGUGGGCCUUGCGAGGAAACAAGAAGAAGUACUGGUCCGCAAACCCUGGUAUAACAGACGACGCAGACAGCAUCGGGGACAAGAGCCAGUUCGUGGUGGAGUGGCUAGGGCCAAUGAUCGCACUCAAGUCCGCGACCACUGGGAAGUACAUCUCGGUCAAGACAAACGGCAAGAUGUCCGCCGAGUCUGCAGAGCUCACUGACGACUGCAAGUUUGUGUUCGACUUCAUCAACCGACCCCUGCUCGUUCUGAGGGGGAGCUACGGAUUCGUGGGCGUGAAGGGGGGCUCGGGGGUCCUCGAGUGCAACAGGUCGCAGUACGACAUCUUCCACGUCGAGUGCAAGAACGGCGUUUUCCACAUCAAGGGCAGCAAUGGGAAAUACAUGAGUGUAGACGGCGACGGCAAUGUUACCAUCACGUCCGAAUCGCCCGUCGACUUUAUCUUUGAGCUGCGAGUCCACACGCACGUGGUCAUCAUAGCACCCAACGGCAAGUUCUUGCAAGGGGCACAGAACGGAAGCUUCACUGCAAAGGGCAGUGCCAUCUCCAGCACUACUCUAUGGGAAUACUAG